UCGCCGCGCCCCCGUCCCCCGCCUUCCCCCCCCCCCUCCGGCUCCGCCUGGGCGCGGCCCCUCCCUGCGCCGUCCUUGGGCGAGCCGGGGCGCGAGCGCGCAUACGGCAGCGCUUGGCGGCGGCGGCAGCAGCAGCAGCAGCAGCGGCUUCAUCCGCCCGAAGCAUCAGCCGGGAAGGCGCGUUCUCGCCGCGCCGCUGCACCUCCCUCCUGCCGCUGCUCCCGCACCGGCCCCACGGCCAUGGAGCUGCCCGAGAGCCAGUGCAAGAAAGUCAAGCUGAGCAACAGGGCGCCGAGCUGGGGAAUGCAGAGGGCAACCAAUGUUACCUACCAAGCUCAUCAUGUCAGCAGGAAUAAGAGAGGCCAGGUGGUAGGAACAAGAAGCGGUUUUCGUGGAUGCACAGUCUGGUUAACAGGCCUAUCUGGUGCUGGGAAGACUACGGUUAGCAUGGCAUUGGAGGAGUAUUUAGUAUGCCAUGGCAUUCCGUGCUACACGUUGGAUGGUGACAAUAUUCGCCAGGGCCUUAAUAAGAAUCUGGGUUUCACACCAGAAGAUAGAGAAGAAAACGUCCGUCGAAUUGCCGAGGUUGCUAAACUGUUUGCAGAUGCUGGUUUGGUGUGCAUCACUAGUUUCAUCUCUCCCUAUACUCAGGAUCGUAAUAAUGCCAGACGAAUUCAUGAAGGUGCAAGUUUGCCCUUUUUUGAGGUAUUUGUGGAUGCUCCAUUGCAUGUCUGUGAGCAGAGAGAUGUUAAAGGACUCUACAAGAAAGCCAGGGCUGGAGAAAUUAAAGGCUUUACUGGAAUUGACUCAGAGUAUGAAAAACCUGAAGCCCCUGAGCUUGUCCUGAAAACUGACUCCUGUGAUGUGAAUGAUUGCAUACAGCAAGUUGUGGAACUUCUUCAAGAGAGGGACAUUGUGCCAGUGGAUGCCUCUUAUGAAGUGAAAGAGCUCUAUGUGCCAGAAAACAAGCUUAAGUUGGCCAAAACUGAUGCUGAGUCUCUGUUAACCUUGGAAAUAAAUAAGGUGGAUAUGCAAUGGGUGCAAGUGCUAGCAGAGGGCUGGGCAACACCGCUGAAUGGCUUUAUGAGGGAGAGGGAAUACCUACAGUGCCUUCACUUUGACUGUCUCCUUGAUGGGGGAGUUAUCAAUCUGUCAGUGCCUAUAGUGCUAACAGCUACACAGGAAGACAAGGAAAGACUGGAUGGAUGUACAGCGAUUGCCCUGGUGUACGGAGGACACCGCGUGGCCAUUCUCCGUAACCCUGAAUUCUAUGAACACAGGAAGGAGGAACGCUGUGCAAGGCAAUGGGGAACAACAUGCAAGGAACAUCCCUACAUCAAGAUGAUUAUGGAACAAGGGAACUGGCUUGUAGGUGGAGAUCUGCAGGUCCUUGAUCGUAUUUAUUGGAAUGAUGGACUUGAUCAAUACCGUCUCACUCCUGCUGAACUUAGGCAGAAGUUCAAGGAAAUGAAUGCUGAUGCUGUCUUUGCAUUCCAGUUACGCAACCCAGUGCACAAUGGGCAUGCUCUUUUAAUGCAGGAUACUCAUAAGCAGCUUUUAGAACGUGGCUACCGGCGACCAGUUUUGCUCUUGCAUCCACUUGGAGGCUGGACAAAGGAGGAUGACGUUCCUCUCAUGUGGCGCAUGAAGCAACAUGCUGCAGUACUGGAGGAGGGAAUCUUGAAUCCAGAAACGACGGUGGUAGCUAUAUUCCCUUCCCCCAUGAUGUAUGCUGGACCGACUGAGGUUCAGUGGCACUGCAGAUCACGGAUGGUUGCCGGAGCUAACUUCUACAUUGUAGGGCGAGAUCCAGCAGGAAUGCCACACCCUGACACUGGGAAAGAUCUGUAUGAGCCAACCCAUGGUGCCAAAGUGUUGACAAUGGCCCCAGGUCUCCGAGCAUUGGAAGUUGUGCCCUUCAGAGUCGCAGCUUAUAAUAAGAAAAAGAAGUGCAUGGACUAUUAUGACUCUGAGCACCAUGAAGACUUUGAAUUUAUAUCAGGGACCCGCAUGCGCAAGCUGGCUCGAGAAGGACAGAACCCACCGGAAGGCUUCAUGGCUCCCAAGGCCUGGACUGUGCUGACAGAAUACUACAAAUCCUUGGAGAAGGCUUAGGCCUCUUAUUAACUGCAGAUCAACCUUUGACACCUGAUUUAUUAACAAGAAGGGGACCACACAUUCACCAUUUGUGUUGCUUUGUUGUGGUGUCUGUCAAGAAGUUCUUCUCUGAAAACAGACUUUCUCCCUAACUUAGCAUCAUUCUUUGCCUGUCCUUAUGGGUUCUAUUAUAUCCUGGCACCUAACUGUCGCUUCUAAUGUCGUCUCUUUUAUUACAGUUAAUAUUCUUGCAGUAGGAUUUUUAACUCUUGUCUUUUUUAUAUUUUACUGCCUCUGUCCUAUGAGUUCUGCAGCUGUUAAAUUGAUGCAGCGUUUUCACAUGUUAUUUAAACUGUUGGGUAGUUUUUGGUUUUAGUAGUUUGUAGGAGAAAAUGUAACAGUUAGAUCCUUUAUGAUGGAUAGAUGCUCUGUAAGUGGAAAGAGUAAAUAAGUUUUAAAACUAUUGUAAAAGUAUACUAAAUCUUUUUCUCAUCAGCGUCUCCAGAAGCAUUUAAUAUUAAUUCCUUGCUACGUGUAAUCAAAAAGCAGAGUUCUUUAUGCAGUGUAAUUAAACUUUUUAUUUUUUGCUUUC